UCCCGCCAUCCGGCCGCUAUCCCGCCAUGCUGCCGAAGAAGUAUUCGGCCCCUCGCACCGCUGCUGCUGCCGAUGCCACCCAGCCAAAGCAGAGGAAGUCGAGGGCGCCGCCGGCAAAAUCACCGGGCAUGUCGAACGCCGACUGGAGGGCGGAGGUUCAGCGCCGGGAGGCUGUCACCACCGACCGGCGGAACAGGCUCAACGCCAAGAGGGCCCGGGACGCGGCGGCGGCGGCAGAGCACACAGAGACGUCUCGCGCAGGGAUGAUGAAUCCGCCCGGCGCCCAUGUCUCACAAGCUGCCUGGAGCUAGCAGAGCGUCGGGUCGCCGGCCAGCUUCUCGCCGCCACCGUAGCCCUGGGGGUAUGCACCCUGGCCUGGCUACGCCGACGGCGACGCACAUGGUGGAUUCAACCCCAACAUCACCUUUCCGCAUGGCCAGCGCGCCUCACCCUCCGGUCUGAACCCCGACCAGCGCACACCCUCGCCCGCGUUCGCCGGCGUCCAGUACCCCCCGUACACCUACUCGCCGUCGGCGUACGCAGCCUCCCCAAGCCGCCUCUACGCCGUGGCGCCCUGCCCUCUUGCAAGCCUCGUUGUCACAUUUCGGCAACCCCGACGCGACGGAAGCCGACAUGGACGAGAUCAUCACAAGCGGCUCGGUCGCCGCCGCCGCCUUCCCCGAGUUUCAGGCGCAAGACGAUACAAUAGACCUCACCGGCGACAUGGACGACUAGCUCGACGACGGCGAGGAGGAGGAGCCGGCGCUUGCGCCGGCGAGGAAAGGGAAAAAGAAGAAGCGGGAGGCCAGGACGGGCGAGCCGCGCGUCAAGUGGACGUCCAAAGAAGACGAGUGCCUCACCGAAGCAUGGAAGACCGUCUGCCUCGACCCUAUCACGGGCACGAACCAGAACACCAACACAUAUUGGACGCGCAUCAAGUCGGCGUUCGAUGAGCGCAAGCUGGUCGACCCCUACUUCGCCACCAUCUACAUGUAGCGCAGCUCGAAGGCCAUGUCGAACCAUUGGGCGAUCAUCCAAAUGGCCUGCAACAAAUGGCACGGGAUCAUCAAGGAGAUCGCGGCUCGCCCGAAAAGCGGCGCCAACGUCGAGGGUCAGGUAUGCACACAUGCCGACUCUCGCUUCUUUUCGCCAUGUACGUCGCCGAAACUCGUUCUUCAAGUUCGACCAAGACGGUGAAGGACGCCGCACCGGCUGCAAGCAUCCAUCGAGCAGUGCAUCGCCGACGCCAAGAACCACGCCGUCCAGAGGGAAGAGAAAUCCGAGGCGCGGUGGUCGGCGUUGAUGACGAACAGCGUCGUCAAGCUCGACCUACUCCGGACCAACAUCGCCGCGAAGAAGAGGAACAUCUAUCUGGCGUUCUUGAUGGGGGCGGACAUGUCGAUGAUGGACGAGUAGGUCAAGACGUGGUACCUGGCGGAGCGCGGCCUCAUAUUGAACCAGAUGUCGUCGAUGAUCGCGCCAACUCCCACGCUGACCCCAACACCGCCGCCAAGCCGGCGGCGAUGGUGGCCGGGAGGACGCACUACGAAGUGCUCGGUGUGGGUGCCGGGGCGAGCAGGGACGAGAUCAAGGCGGCGUACUGGCGUCUGGCCAGGGAGGUGCACCCGGACGCUGCUGGUAGCGGCGGCGACGAGGGGUUCAUUCGGCUGCACACGGCCUACCCCACGCUCGCCGACCCCGACGCGCGCUACGACCGUGACGUGGCCUGCCGCCGCGGCCGCGCCGCGGGGAUGAUGAUGCGGCGGGCGGCGGCGGCUGGGCCGGCGUUCCGGCGGAGGACGUGGGAGGCCGACCAGUGCUGGUAG